AUGGACACUUCUCCUGGUACCUUCCUCUUGGAAGAUGAAUUUGAUCCACAGAAAUAUGAGAGGAAGAAGAGAUUAAAGAGAUGGUUAAUGAUCGGAGGAGUAUGUGUAGUGGUGCUGCUGGCUCUCGGUCUUAUAAUAGGUUUGUUGGUACCAAAGCACAAGACUCACCGCCCACUCAACGUCAUUAUCAUGAUUGGCGAUGGCUUUGGUCCGGCUGCCGCGACAAUGGCUCGCCUUGCCCAGGCCCACAUGAAUGGCGUUCCUUUCAUGCCACUCAAACUGGAUGCCCACCUUGUCGGCACCGUGCGCACCGCAUCGUACAGCAGCGAUGUGACCGACUCGGCAGCUGGCGCCACUGCUUACGCCACUGGCUACCACACCAACAAUGACGCCGUCAGCGUCGACCACAACUACAAACCAGUUGGAACGCUCUUUGAGGCUGCCCGAAUUAAGGGCAUGCGCACAGGUGUCAUCACCACAACUCGCGUCACAGAUGCCACGCCAGCCUGUUUCUACGCCCACUCUACAACACGCAAGACCGAGGGCUUCAUCGCCGCGCAGAUGAUGGACAAAGACCUCACUGUGGCGCUGGGAGGUGGAUCGCAGUUCUUUAACCAAACCUUGAUGGACAUGGCACUUGCCAACCAAUAUACUAUAGUGAACAACCGCACAGACAUGCUCGGCGUCACCAAGGGCAAGAUACUCGGCUUGUUUACUCCCCACGACCUCCCCUACGACAUUGACAGGAUCAACCAGAACAUGACAGAGAUCCCUUCGCUCAAGGAUAUGACCAUCAAGGCACUGGAGCUGCUGGCACAGGACAACGAGCAUGGCUUCAUCAUCAUGGUCGAGGGUGCCAAGAUCGACUUGGCCGGCCACAGCAAUGACGCGGCCACACAGAUCUACGAGACACUCAACUUUGACGACACUUUCAACACGGUGCUAGAGUUUGCAGCCAAAGACAAGAACACCCUGGUUCUGGCCACGGCCGACCACGAGACAGGGGGCCUCACGCUGGGUUUCCAGCCCGACCCGCAUGUCUACCCAACCUACAGGUGGCUGCCGGAUGUGCUGCUCAACUUCACCGGUUCUGCCGCCACUAUGGGGAAGGAGAUCUUUGCAACGAAUGUCACGGGCGCCAGCGCCGCCACCAACAUCUCGGUGAUCAACUCGGUAGUCAACAAGUACUACACGCCAGGCAACUGGGACCAGUCGCCCUACAACUUCACCACGGGAGAGCUGGACCUCUUGCAAUCGUUCUGGAGCCAAAACAGCAACAGCUCAUUCGCCUACUUCCUCGGCCGCUUUAUGUCACAGCGUGCUUUGAUCGGCUUCACAACCACCGGACACACUGGAGUGGACGUCAACCUAUACUCAUACUACUCUGGAGACGACAGCGAUCUCAAGCAGGCAUUGGUUGAGAAACUGCAUGCCAACGUAGAGAACAUUGAUGUUGCACAAUUCAUCGAGGAUAUGCUGGACUUGGACUUGGAGACAGUGACACUCUCGUUGGUCAACUUCAAUCCAGGUGUAAUCCCACCAUUCCCUCCAUCAUAA